UGAGCGUGCAACUCGCACUUACCGGUACAGUGACUAUCACAGCCACCUCAGCAGAGACCAUAUAUCAGGCUGUGCAUCAAGUUGAUUGCGAGCGCGAGCGACAUUGUGAUUCAAGCAGUCGGUCCUGCUACCAUACCUGCAUCGUAACAUCCAACAAGCUUCUACUGGCUAAUACAAAAAGGGAAGAUCUCGCGAGCGUGGGCUAACCAUCGACCGCAACGCACCUGUCGGUCCGACUCAGGUGUUCAACUCCCCUCUCGUCUUCCACCAGACCGCCCCAUCCUCAUAAUUGGGAAGCUCUCGACAGAGAGUCUCGAGCUGGAGUAUGCUCAUCUGAUCGCUGCCAUCGUCAUUGAUACCAAAGGCAGUCCAGCAUUUCCACUACCAUGACGCUGAACGGGGCUGCGCAGGGGGAUGAUGGGCAUCGACCUCGGUACCCUGAGCAAUCGUCCAGUGACUAUGAUCAGGCGCAGCGGGGUAUUUCGACCCAACGCUACUCGCAUGAAUCAUACCGAUCAGAUACGAGCUUGGUCGGUGCGGGAGCCGAUGGAUCAGGUUCCAGACGGCGUAUCAAAGUACCCGAUCUGUCCACAGACGCAGCAGGCGCCAGUCCAUUGUCCAAAUUAGGCAUACAAGGCGACGCACUGAUGAUGUUCGUGACCUGUUUCAGCGCCAUGGGAGUCCUUCUGAUGGGCUACGAUCAAGGCGUCAUGUCCGGCAUCAUCACUGGACCCUACUUCAAGACUUAUUUCAAUCAUCCAACCUCUUACGAAAUUGGAACGAUGGUGGCCAUUCUGGAGAUUGGUGCUUUCAUCACCUCUUUGGCUUGCGGAACUUUGGCAGACGUGCUGGGAAGGAAAAAGCUGAUCUUUUGGGGCGCGCUGAUCUUCUCUAUUGGGGGCGCGAUUCAGACAUUCACGGUCGGGUUCAAGAGCAUGGUGCUAGGAAGGAUCAUUGCUGGGUUCGGCGUAGGCGCGCUAACCAUGGUCGUGCCGACUUAUCAAUCCGAAGUGUCCCCAGCGGAGAACAGAGGCAAAUUGGCUUGCAUAGAAUUUACUUGCAACAUCAUAGGCUACUGUCUCUCUGUCUGGAUCGACUACUUUUGCUCCUUCUUGACUGGGGACAUUUCCUGGCGGGCACCACUCUUCUUUCAAGUCGCAGUCGGUCUCAUUCUAGCCUUUGGAUCAUUGACCCUGCCCGAAAGCCCUCGAUGGCUGUUAGAUCGGGACAGAGACGUGCAAGGAAUGAGAGUGCUGGCUGAUCUGCACGGCAAUGGCAAUCCCAAAGCUAGCAGAGCCAGACUAGAGUACCGAGAGAUCAAAGAGAAUGUCCUGUUCCUUCGUGAGCAAGGUGAUCGCAGCUAUAAGGCGAUGUGGAGGCGGUACAAGCGCCGGACCCUUAUUGGCUGCUCGGCUCAGGCCUGCGCUCAGCUCAACGGCAUCAACGUAGUCUCAUACUACGCCCCUCUCGUAUUUGAAUCCGCCGGAUGGGUGGGCAGGGAUGCGAUCCUGAUGACAGGCAUCAAUGGGAUCAUCUAUGUCUGCUGUACCAUUCCAACAUGGUUCUUGAUCGACCGGGUCGGCAGACGUCCCAUCCUCAUGCUCGGGUCCAUCAUUUGCGGUCUGGCGCUUUGCGCCUGCGGUUACUUCCUGUGGCUGGAUGCGAACUACACGCCGACAGCAGUGGUUGCUUGCAUCAUCAUCUUCAAUGGCGUCUUCGGAUCUGGCUGGGGACCCAUCCCUUGGAUGCUCAGCUCCGAGAUCAUGCCUUUGGCUUUCAGAGCCAAAGCAGCCUCCUUGUCAACGGCUACCAAUUGGGCUUUCAACUACGUCGUAGGAGAGGCUACACCUAUACUUCAAGAGACGAUCAAGUGGAGGUUGUAUCCCAUGCAUGGUUUCCUAUGUUUCGCUAGCUUCUUCCUUGUCUUCUUCACUUAUCCGGAGACGAUGGGCGUGCCUUUGGAAGAGAUGGACGCGCUCUUCAAUGACGAGCCGAGCGGCGUGCCUCAAGACGACGACGAUGAUGAUGAGGACGAACCUUCUCGUACUUCCGUGGCAGGCGAAGAAGCUCGAAGAGACUCUGGUGAUUUGCCAGAGAGACAAAUCCGCAGGAGCAUCAGCUCUCACAGACGCUUCACUAGUGGAGAUGAUGAAGAGUCUGUCGCAAGAGCUGCAGCGCAGCGUGUCCAGUCGAUGAGGACGACGAACAAGAAUGAAGAGAGCGCAAGAGGGACCUACGGUGCGGCUUUACCAAAUUGGGUCCGAAAGAUUUGGAACUCGUCACCGGGUGAACAGCAUUACGCUCCGGUCGGGAGCGAAGAGGAUCAAUAGGAUGUCGGCGGCUUGCCUUCCCAGUCUUUGCGCAUGGAGUCCCUGCGCUAGCUUGAAUCGCGUCAGCAAUGAGCUGCCUUCUCUGCAUACUGUUCGCUGCCAGUCGCUGGCCGCAGAGGGUCGCUUUCCGAUGCGAUUUCUCCAACGAGCACUUUGUCUUGCGUGUCUUGCUGGCAAAGAGACGUGACGCGCAAAGAAGGAGACCGGAUGGAUGGAGAGCAGGUCGCCUAUUCCUUUCGACUGCAAGAGUCUCUUUUGUUCCUCGCUACCUUCCCUCUUCGUCUUGUCCUUGUCAUGUUCGCUAGUCACUACUACGUCUCGUGAUGGACCUACAUCGCCCAGCACCCAAUCUUAUCGAUCCCAUCGUAUGGCAAUCCUUACCGCUCAACACUCUCGCACUCAAAUCUCUCAACGUGUCCUUCGCACGUAUCCGCAGCCGCGCGCAGCAUGUACAACCAGAAUAAGAUCAACUCUUCCAAC